AUGGAGACCGCUGCGCUUCCACCAAGAGCUUCGUCCCUUGUAGCAGGCGAUGUGGGCGCCAAUGAACGAGCUGCGCCGUAUAUACUGCAAAAGCUUGUAGACGACCUGCCACUGGAUACUGGGGAGCAGCAGAAUGUUCAAGUCAAUUGUGUCGAUAUCUGGGGGGAUCAUCUGUAUGUGGGGACAUCGGCUGGAGAGAUAUUACACUUUAUGAAAAUUCCGGCUGAGCCUGGAGAGCAAUCCCAGUACAUAUUUGCAUUUAGAUUACCCCUCUCACCCCCGCCUGCAAACUUAGAGAACCCGCCCGGAGUUCAGAAAAUCUUAUUGCUUGGGCCGGUUGAACGAGCGGCUGUUAUAUGUAAUAAUCAGCUAUCUUUCUACACGCUCCCAGAACUAUCGCCAGUUGCGACAAAGUUAAAGGAGGUCUCAUGGGUUACAGUAGACGAGAACGAUCUCGCCCUCAGAGGACUCCUAGCAGAAGGCGAGGCUGAAAUUAGAGAUCCUCGGGGUGUGGUAGUCUUUGUAGGGCAGAGGCGGAUGAUUAGAUUACUUCGAGUUGGAGCUGAGGUGCGGCUCAUAAGGGAUGUUCCGUUCCCUCAGUCUUUAGAAUGUUCGCUACGACAGCAUCGUGCAUGCCUUGCGAACAAUCAAAGCUAUGCGCUUGUCGAUAUCAAUGAUAACAAAAUGAUUCCCCUCCCGCCAAUAAGGCAAACAACAUCUCCCAUCGACGCAGAGCCUAUGCGAUCUAUAUCUCCCAAUCCUCCGACUGGCUCCCUGCGAAUGAAAUCUGGGGGUUCCAUGAGAAGCCAUUCCCGAACUGGGAGCCUGACUCCAGCUGGUGCGGCUGAAAGGAGGCCUUCUGCGGACCUUCACGGCCAUAGUCCCGUGCCAUCUGAUACAGGCUCGAGGGCUGGAUCGCCUGCCCCGAGAGCAUCACAAGAAGAAGCACGAUCGAGAGCGGGGACCCCUCAACCGACAGUGCAAAACCCACCGCCCACUCCAAAACCAACUCUAAGUCCUAAUAUAGCCUCUCCAAGCCCGAACGAGUUUCUAGUGACUACCGGAACAGAACUGAACGAGGCAGCUGUUGGAUUGUUUUUCGAUAUCAAUGGCGAACCUGUCCUUCGUGGUACAUUAGAAUUCACCAGGUACCCUAACAAGAUUUUGAUAGACCAAUCAUGGGUAGUUGCGAUUGUAGGGGGUGAGCAUCCAGUGGAAUGCCAUCGACUGGAAGAGGCCGCAGCGCCGUCUGGUGGCGUGUAUGGGCCUAUAAAGCAGGUCCUACCACUUCCAACAGAGAGCCCGAGCGAGUUUGAGGCUUCAUCAGUCGGGGUGUCCCGAACGGUCGGUGUAGAAGUCGGUGGUAUCCCGAGAGUCGCCCGUCUCCUCAAGUUAGUCAAGUUGAACAUCGUUGAGAAACAGCCCUCGAGAAGGAAGAGAUCGGCCAUUCCGAUCGAGCCUCUUUCGACGAUAACCAAACUGCCUGGUCCAGAAGAAGACACUGCGGAAGAUUUCGACGAGGCAGAAGUAUCCGGGAAAGUUGAAGAAACACCGAAAGACUCAGACCCUCAACCUCCUUCUACUUCUGAGGACGCCGCUGGCGAAACAUCCGAUUACCUGUCCUCAGAUGAGGCCACAGCGGACGAAGCUGAUCGAAAGCGCAAUGCAGAAGAAGAAACUAUUGCUACCCGUAUAAGUACUACGUCCUCUCACCUCGUCCUUACAAUAGGAAACAAGAUUUACUCAAUGCUUGAGACGCCAAUGGUUCUCCUUAUGGAUUCACAAUUACCGCAAUCAAUUGAUGCAGCCUCAACACGAGAUGUCCCUGUAAUUCUAAGGUGUUUGGCAGCUGUCCAUAGCAUGGAACCAACGACUGAGGCAAGAUUCCAUGAGCUGGGAUUUAUAAGACAAAAGCUAGGGCUUCUACUAUUAGGAAUCUGUUUAAUGUCUGCGAGUAGCGUGUCCGAGGAUACUCUUUCUCAAACAGAUGAAGCACUUCGGCAGGGUGGUGUCGAUCCCCGACUCGUUGUAGCCCUCUUUGGGCCAUCUUUCCGGAGGGAUAUCGUCAUCGACAAGAAGAGCAACGGUUUGUGGGUUUACGGCGGUAUCCAAGAUCUCCUACGUUCACUAUUAUACGAUAAGAGGAACACCUCAAUAACGGAUCGAGGGACGCUUCAUUUCUUAAGUCGAUAUCUUAAGGAUUGGAGGAAAAAGAAAGGCUUGGAGAGUGUACAGGACAAGGAGCAAGUUUUCGCAACCAUCGACGCGGCGUAUCUACGGGUACUAUUGAUUCUCGACCAGACGACUUUAAAGCCUACGCCUGCGUUGGAAGGUAUCGAGAGGGCCAUCCGUCAAGAUCUAUAUGGACUAGUAGAUUCUGGUGUCGACGAUAUCCCUAAAGCAAUCACUAUUCUCGAGGAGUUCGGGCGCCUCUUUGUUCUCAGUAGGCUGUACGCAAAACAGAAGCAAUACCGAGACGUCCUUGCAACGUGGCGACGAAUUUUAGCUAAGGGAGACGGGACGGAGAACGGAGAGUUCCCCGAUGGCGAACUAAUUGUCAAAGACUACCUGAAGAGGAUCAAGGACCCGGUGCUGGUCGAGGAGUACGGUGGAUGGCUUGCGAGGAGGAAUCCCAAACUUGGUGUGCAGUUCUUCACAGACGAGACGAACAAAGUACAAUUCUCGCCCGAAACUGUCUUAAGAAUACUAAAGGCAGACGCACCAUACGCAGUAAAGGAUUACUUGGAGUACCUUGUGAAUAUUGCAUAUGCUAACGAUUUCAUUUCCCUUUUCCUUGACCAAAUGAUCGCGGACCUGGAGAACAAUCCGAACUUGAAGGAGGAUGUGCACCUGACGACAGAAUUUUAUCGGGCUCUACAUCCUCCGAAGCCUACAUACAGCGAAUUUCUAAAUGACAAUGCGAGAGGGGAAGAGUGGUGGCGGAACAGAGCUGUAUUAUUGGAUUUUUUGAGUGGUCCAACCCCCUACAAUGUUGCAGAAGUCGCAGCCAAGGUGGAACCGUGGAAAGAGGUGCUUAUUGCGGAGAUGGUCAUAUUUUACAGCAAGGAACAGAACCACGAGGAGGUCCUCAAGAUGCUGUGUCAUUCGCUGAAGGAUUUUGAUACCGCCAUCAACUAUUGCUUGUACGGAGCGCUGUCUAUGUUUCAACGGUCCAGAUCAGGCUCGAUCCAACCAUUACCACGGGACGAACAGAGCAGAAUGCUGAAUAUACUGCUGGUGGAGUUCCUAAAUAUUAGUGACUAUGAAGCUCGGCUAGAACAGACAAGUUCACUCCUAGACCGUUUUGGAGGCUGGCUGGACGUCCAACAUGUGCUUAACGUAAUCCCUGACAAUUGGUCGGUUCAAAUUUUGUCUGGGUUUCUUAUCAGUGCUUUACGUGAUCUUGUUCGGGUCAAAAACGAGAAAAAAGUUGAACUUGCGUUGCUAAAGACGUUGAAUGUCAAGGUUAAUGGCGAGUUUAUCGACAAAUGUGAGGAAAUAGGGCCGAGGAUAGAGUCCGCAGAGGCGGGGACAUCAUCAGCUCCUGAGGAGCCAUGA